AUGGCUGAUUCCUGGGGCGUCGUUUGUCGCCAAUGUGUCGCUAUCAUCGCUGACGUUCCCACUUCGGUCCUACUUGCCACUGUGCUCGCUACUGUUCUGGGACUAUUCGUCCUGUUCUACCUCUUUCUAUCCCUUGUCGCACCUGUACCGCGCGAGUCUCUACCUGAAGAAAAAGAGUACACGACGCUCUUGAAAGAUGGAACCAUUGCAGACCCCCAGCCACUCCCCUGCUGGUUUGAUGCCCUGAAGGCCGCAAGGCAUGCCGGCAAAACUGCUGACAUCGAACCAGCGGAGCUGUUCAUGUCCGUAGUCGUCCCUGCCUACAACGAAGAAGACCGGCUUGCAGGCAUGCUGGAAGAAGCAGUCAACUACCUUGAACACAUGUACGGGACACUAGGAACCGAGAACGAAGGUGCAGCAAUUGAAACUCGAUCUAUGCGGAAGCGCAAGCCCAACGGAAACACAACAAACGGUCACGCCACGGGCUCGCAAUCGGCCCGAGGGUGGGAAAUCAUUAUUGUUUCGGAUGGGUCCACAGAUCGCACGGAAGAGGUGGCCUUUAGAUUUGCGAAAGAGCAUCAGCUAUCUUUGCACCCGAAGGGCCACGCCGGGCCCUGGACCCCUCAGGCCCACGAGGGCGUGCAUAUCCCGCCGGGAACUAUUCGUUUCGUGACUCUGACUCACAACCGCGGUAAAGGUGGUGCAGUCACACAUGGCUUGCGCCAUGUUCGGGGUCAGUAUGUGGUGUUUGCGGAUGCCGAUGGGGCGAGCAAGUUUGAUGAUCUCGGUAAACUUGUCACCGCGUGUCAGGGGAUCGAAGAUGCCGAUGGGCGUGGGGUGGCUGUUGGAUCUCGGGCGCACAUGGUUGGCAGUGAGGCUGUGGUGAAGCGGUCCAAGCUGCGCAAUUUCCUGAUGCACUCGUUCCACCUGAUCCUGAGGCUGAUGACGCCGCCCAGGACUGCCACUGUCAAGGACACGCAGUGCGGGUUCAAGCUGUUCUCUCGCGCGACAUUGCCUUACAUCGUACCAUACAUGCAUUCCGAAGGCUGGAUCUUUGAUGUCGAGAUGCUCAUGCUGGCGGAGUUUGCCAGCAUCCCCGUGGCCGAGGUGCCGGUGGGGUGGAGGGAGGUCUUGGGAAGUAAAUUGAACGUCAUGCGUGAUAGCAUCGGCAUGGCCUGGGGACUGGCCGUCCUGCGGGCGGCUUGGUCGCUGGGCAUCUAUAGACAGCGGUGA